AAAACUCUGCUGCUUGGAUUCUANCCCUCUCCCUAACAUAACGUUCCCUGCCCUCUCCACCUCCCCGCCGAACCUGGUGUGCUUGUAGUUUACUGUCAGCAGCUGGUCCAUUUCUUUUUUCUGUGAUUCUCAAUUUUCCUAGUUAUUUUCCCUCCACUUGAUUUUGCAACAAAACUUUUUUGGGUUUCUAACAUCCUUCCCAAUCUUAUUAUUUAUAGCUAAUAAAUAAGGAGAAAAACUUUUCUCCUCCUGAUCUGAGACCAUUCCACAAAUCGAAGGGCAGCCAGCAGCAUAUGUUUUUUGCCAGAGUAAUUGAAAACAUCAACUGCAGAGCACAGAAUUCUUUUGAAAGUCUGCCGGUUAUUUCACAUAAAUUCGGCAAAGGAACAAACAGUUGGCUUCUUAGGAGUUGGUCUCUAAUUUGAUUUUUAGUUAUUCUGAUAGAGUUUUUAUGAUUGGCUUUUUGUUUGACUAGACCAGAUUUGAGUUUAAUGAAAACCUAAGUGCCAACAAAUAGACGUUUCACCAAAAUCACCUGUUAUCUCUUCACACUUAGUUUGAAUUCAUUUUUAAUCCUUAAACAGUCGACAAUAAUAUUGUACUUAAGAGGGUACAUUGGAUUUUAAUUUUGCUUUCAAUAUGACGGCUGUCAAUGUUGCCCUGAUUCGUGAUACCAAGUGGCUGACUUUAGAAGUUUGUAGAGAAUUUCAGAGAGGAACUUGCUUUCGAGCUGAUGCAGAUUGCAAGUUUGCCCAUCCACCAAGAGUUUGCCAUGUGGAAAAUGGUCGUGUGGUGGCCUGUUUUGAUUCUCUAAAGGGUCGGUGCACUCGAGAGAACUGCAAGUACCUUCACCCUCCUCCACACUUAAAAACGCAGCUGGAAAUUAAUGGGCGGAACAAUCUGAUUCAACAGAAGACUGUCGCAGCCAUGUUCGCCCAGCAGAUGCAGCUUAUGCUCCAGAACGCUCAAAUGUCAUCACUUGGUUCUUUUCCUAUGGCUCCGUCACUUCCAAAUCCUCCCAUGGCUUUCAAUCCCUACAUACCACAUCCUGGGAUGGGCCUGGUUCCCGCGGAACUUGUACCAAAUACACCUGUUCUGAUUCCUGGAAACCCACCUCUCGCAUUGACAGGAGCCAUUGGCCCAAAACUGAUGCGUUCAGAUAAACUGGAGGUUUGCCGAGAAUUUCAGCGUGGAAAUUGUACCCGUGGGGAGAACGAUUGCCGCUAUGCUCACCCUACUGAUGCUUCCAUGAUUGAAGUGGGUGAUAAUACUGUGACAAUCUGCAUGGAUUACAUCAAAGGUCGAUGCUCCCGGGAGAAAUGCAAGUACUUUCAUCCUCCUGCACACUUGCAAGCCAAACUCAAGGCAGCUCAUCACCAGAUGAACCAUUCAGCUGCCAUGGCCCUGCAGCCUGGUACACUGCAGCUGAUACCAAAGAGAUCAGCACUGGAAAAGCCGAAUGGUGCCACCCCGGUCUUCAAUCCCGGUGUUUUUCACUGCCAACAGGCUCUGACUAACCUGCCGCUCCCCCAGCCGGCGUAUAUCCCUGCAGGGCCAAUACUGUGCAUGGCACCCGCUUCAAGUAUUGUGCCCAUGAUGCACGGUGCUACACCUACCACUGUGUCUGCAGCAACAACACCUGCCACCAACGUUCCCUUCGCUGCAACAACUACAGGCAAUCAGAUGCCCCAAUUAUCAGUAGAUGAACUGAAUAGCAGCAUGUUUGUUUCACAGAUGUAGACGUUCCCAGUAGAACACUGAAAUACUGAACAGCAGAGUUAUGGAGUAUCAGAAUCUUUCCAUGGAAACCUCCAUAUGGCCUUUGUAUAUAUAUUCUUGUAUUUCUUCUUCUACCAACACUACAAUAAGCGUGGUACAGUCAAUAUAUUAAGCAAAGCAAACCUGCCAGCCAGCAAAUUCAAAUAAAAAAUAAAGCAUUAAAAAUCAAUGGAGAUGUUAAACAGAACAUGAAUAGAAAACUAAUAACUACCAUCCGUCUUAUUUGAAUUAUCAAGCAGAACAUGACCAUAAAAUUUGGUAACUUGUUACAUUACUCUUUGUCAUUUUCUAAUAACCAUGCUAAGUGAAUUUCCAGAGUGAGCUUUUGGCUUACUGUAUACAUUCUUAGUGGAUAAAUUAUUCAUCUGUUUUUGAUUUUGUUUACAAGAUAGUCUAUUGGGUUGAUUCAGAAUGUAACAAAUAUAUUCAGUACCAUUUCUUGUAUUGUACUGUGUUGUGCUAUGUAAGGUUUUUACAUGCUGUAGUGUUUUGCUGUAUAUGUGUGGUAUUUGAUUUCAACUAAAAUGUUAUUAGUGGGGAACAAAAGUAUAUGCUUAAAAACAUGACAAUUUCAUGCAAAUAUGCUCUCUCUAUAUAGAAUAUUUCUGUAGGUUUCUUGGGACUGACAUUUAAAAUGCCUCACUUUUGAGUGUGCACAAAACCUGCUCAUUAACAUGCAUGUGUAUAAUUUGUACCUGCAGAUCUUACAUUGCAUAAUACAAUCAAAUUGCUAGAUUUUUUAAAGAGAGAAAUAAUUACCUGCACAAAGCAGAGAACUUCAUAAAACAUUAACCCCUAAUUCACUUUUCUUAAAUAGCUUGGAAAAUAAGAUUUUACCUUUAAAUGAAUUUCUCAGCAUUUAUACUAAAAGUUAUGUAAAGUCCUCAUUAGAUUUUUUUGUGUGUGGCUUGAGAAUCCUGUCUCCUAAGUUGAGUGUCUAAAACUGAGCCAUUUGUCAUCUUCAGCUGAAAAACUGAUGCUUGGGAGCUUAAAAUAUGCUAAUUACAAGUUAUAAAUCAAACAGAGAGAUGGGGGCAUGGAGAUAGUUUUUACGUACUGGAGGAAAGUGUGUAAAACCAUGGCUGUGUCACCUUUUACACAAGUGCCAUUUUCCAAAUGCAAAUGGCUCAUGCUCUUUACUCUUUGAAUAGCAAAUAAGAUGCAAUCUAGUAAAAGUCAGUCAGGGUGAAAGACAAUUGGUUACAAAUGAGGACUUUCCUCCUCAAAUGGACUAUCUUCUGUAUUGAUCACAGAAGGAGCCUGAGUACAGGUUUGGAGAAAUGGCUAGGACAGGAACAGGGAAGCACUUACAACUAUUCCUUGAUUUAGUCAAAAGAACUGGGAAAGAUGGUUGUAGUUGUCUUUAGCUUCAGUUCAACUGAGUUUCGUUUUGUUAAACAGUUCAGCGGAGGAGAAAGCAUCUGUGAUAUAUGGCAAGUGUCCCCCUGCCCAAACUUUAACAUUAGAGCCUCUCACAUUAUAACCAUGCCUCUUUUUUGCUUGUUUGGAUUCGAUUGCCUUUAUAUAUGUUUGAAAAUGACAAUAAAGAGGGUUUUAGCACCCUUUGGAUGAGACAGAGUAGCUAUACUCCUCAGAGCUCAACUGAAUUCACAUUAUUAAUACCUAUGAAAUAAUUUUAUAACAAAAUAGUAAUUAAUUCCUGUGGUGUGUGACAUAUCUCAUCCACUCUACUCAGUUAUUAAUGUUACUAUUAUUAUACAGUGGUGGAAACAUACGAUAUUUUACAUCAACUAAUAGAUUUAACAUUUUCUAGUAAAUAGGUGUUCUUCCACCAGAAAGUAUAAAACCAUGACAAGUAAAAAGUAAAUCUGAUUGAGGAUGCCUUAACCUGGCUAGAAGUGUUUGAAUCACAGAACAAUGGAGUUAGCAAAAUAAUUUUCAUAGUUGAUGGAACCGAGGUCAGGGGCAUAUGACUUGCCCAAGGCUACCUAGCCAUUGUGGGACCCAGAAAUAUCUCCUGCCUCCAAUUGUUCCUUCUUUCCAGGUUUUUUGUGCUUCAGAACAUUUGAGGCUCUCUCCCAAGGCAGACCCAUUUGGCUCAGAAUACAAGAGAGCAAAAUUAGCUUUCUGGGAAUUGAUAUUCUGUUGAUCGUAAUUAUCCAUCCAAAUCUUGAUCAACAGUGCUUUCUAAACAGCCUUGCUUGUAUUGAUCCAUUGUCAGCUGUUGACAGUGUUGGUGGGAUUAGAGAUCAAGAGUUGUCCUGACUUUUACCUAUGGACUCUCUGAACCAGUUAAUUUCUGUUUCUGAAAUCUUAACAUUUGCUAUAGAAGAAAGUAGCAUAUGCCUUUUUGAAAUUGCUCACGUAUGGAACUGAGUUUUGUAUGAUCUGUGCCAGUGCCUCUCCACAAGAGUAGAUCUGAUUACAUGAAUCCAGGAGGGAUGCACCUGAGCUAGUAUGCAUAUAUUUCUUAAAAGAGACAAGAACUUUUUUGUGCAAAAUGAACUUUUGUAUAGUUUGACAUCUGCAUGCAACGUACUAUCUCACUUAACUUUUUCAACUUUGGGCAAAGAUGUACAUAGGCCAUAGAUAACCUAGAGUAUAGCUGUUUUCAUGUUGCAUUAACCACUGGAAGACAUUAACAAUGACUUACUUUUUAGUAAAAAGUUCAGUGAGAGAUAUUUAGGGUGAUCGUAUUUUUGGUGCCACAAUUUUCUACAUUGUUGGCAUUUUAAAAGUUACUUUGUAACUGAGUGUAAAGAAAGAAAGAAAGCUCAAAGCCCUAAAGUUUUGAUCAAAUUGAAGAGUUUUGAGAGAAAAACAUACAAUUUAAAAUGGCACUCUUUAAAUUAGAUGUGCAAUGACUUAUUCAAAUUGUCUUUAUUCAAGAAAAGAAAAGAAGAAAGAUAAGUCACUAGACUAUAAAUUUCCAUUUAAAAAGACAAGUCACAAAGCGAAUCAGUGACUCUAAACAAAAAUUUACUGAAUGAAUUGUAUAUAUAAAAUUCUAAUCACUUAUGAUUCUUAGUUAACAUUUUAUAAGCUUUAUAUUUUACAGGGGCUUCUUUUUAUUUAUCCAAAAUUAUUGCUUUCAUCCAUUUUUCUCAGCCUUUUGCAAAAAUAUGCAAGAGUGCUGAAACUUGGAUAAAAAGGGUCAUGUAUACAGAGAAAAUAAUCUAAAAGUUAUCUUUAAGAGGAUUUUAGUAGUGUCAACUUUUUAAAAAAGUACUACGUGACCAUAACAUACAUGUAUUUUAAAGAGGGAUUAAGAUUAAAAUAAAUGGAUUC